CUAUCUCAUGCAUUAGCAUGCAAAAACAUUAAGUCACGGAAAACCAAAUAAUGUCAAAAUAAGGAGUUCAGUACCAUUCGAGCACUACAGUAAAGGAUACCUGGCGCCCCCGGGCCUGUGGACUUUGCAAUGGGACAACGAUUUGAACAUGGAGGGAGUAAACAAUGAAAGAGUUGCUUGUGCACAGGUUGGACCGGGGACAGUUUGGAUAAACUUCGAGUCCUUUCUUCCUCGUGCUUGGAUGCAUUUUGGGACCAAAAGCGUGUAAGUUUUUGACCCCAUAUUUAAUAUUUAACUUUGCUCUUUAACUUUAAAACAGCUCUCUCUCUUGGCUGGCCUCGUUCCAAUAAUCCAAUUAUUGAAGGGACAACUCUGUUUUGUACGGCUUUAUGCGGUGGAAUGGACCGUAGUCAACUUGACUCGACUCAUCAAUGAAACAAGAAUGUGGAUUUAAUCACCAGGAACGAAAUGAACAAUGGCAAAAAGAGAAGACGGCAAGAAAAACGCGGCCGUGUGUCGUAGUGUCUCGUUCAAAAAGUUGGAGUCUUGGAGUGCCAACAGCAGCAGCAGCCGUAACGAUAGGCAAGUUAAAUCAAAGGAUUUGGAUGCUUGUGGCGUCGCCCUUCCCCCUUUGUCCACCACCGCUACCACUACUACUACUACGGAGCAAUGCACGGCUGAGAAAGUGGAACCCUUGGCGACGCGUAAUGUUGGCGUUUCAAGAAAAGUUUCCAAAAUCACUGCGACCAACGCCGGCCUCCCCACCGCAGACCGAGGCUCCUCCACUCCUCUCUCCUCUCUUUCCCCGUCCAUUCGCCAGCUCACACAGAAGUUCAGCAGCGCUGGCUCUGCUGGAACGCAGAUCACCGCCUCAGGCGAUAGCAGGGUGACCGAAGGAAGAGCGACCCUGCCCCGAGCCAAAGGCACGAGGAAAGACCCUUCACCCCUGCGUUCAUCUUUUCAUGAAGAUAUUAGCAGUGGGUGUAUUCACAAUAUUGACUCUGCUAACAUUCCUGCUGAAUUUAAAGAUGCGGGGGGAAAGUUAAACCCUGGCACAGACUCUUUCUCAGGGUCGGACUUAGAGAAGGCAAACCAAAAAUGGAUGUGUUCAAAGCUGUCAACCGAGCGUAGAAGUAGUACAAGUAAGAGAGAUUACACAAAGGUCCACCCGCGCUCGUCUGAUAUUAAAAAGGCUUUGACAACGGAUCGGUCUGAGGAUGUUUCAACUACCGAAGAGACUCCUCCAGCUUGCAAAUCUCAAAGGAGUUAUUUGUCAACGCGCCACGGUGAGUUUAUUCCAGUCCAUUCUGACCACUGGCCAAGCGUCACAAAGAUCCGGCAAAUUUUCAGUGAAAGACAAACCCGUUCUGCACAGCAGCCCAAGGCGACUAAUGAACCUGAAGAGAAAUUAAAAACGGGGCUUAACUUUCAGUUUAGCACUAAGGAUACUGCCUCUCUCUCAGACAAAAGUGACAAGCAUUCAGCUAGCAGCUCUGGUAACGAAGCAAGUAGCCUUUUCCUUCCAGAAAAACAACACUUCAAACUUGGAGCUCCUGCUAGAAUAAAUAGUGGGGCGGCCGGGAAUAUACUUAAAGCAAAUAGGAGAUUAGAAAAGGAAAUGGACUUCUUUUCUGAUCCUGACCUACAGCAAGACCCAAAUGAAAAGGAGUUCGAUUUAGAAACGCAUAGUAAUAAUAAUACGAGCAAAUCCAUUUUUCAAGACAGCAGUAGUGGACGCUCUUUAAGAGUCGACCAGCCUACGCACAGAGCCCCGAGUCCUAACUGCGACAGAGAGCCUGCUUUGAGGACCUCCAGGACAACACUUCUGACAUCUGACCCCGACCCUGACCUUCAUUUCCCUGCGCCUACUCCUUCUCCUCAGAGUUGUCCGUUGGGCAAAGCCACCUCCUCUGCUGUUAAACAGCCGAGGGAGAGAAGGGAGAGACAGGGGGUCGGGCUGCCCAGGGAUAGUUUACAUUCUUCAAAUAGCUCCUCCAGAACACCAGCCCCCACCUCCUCCACCACCACCACCUCCUCCCCCUUUCCACUAAAUCCAGCCCUUGCCUCCUCAACUGCAGCUCCCUCCUCCAAGGUAGAAGCCCCCAUCAGCAUAAUCUCCAGCCUGCGCUACAGGUUUAGUUCCGGAGAGGAGGAGGAGGAGCACAUUAGGAAAGGUAGAGGGAGAGGUGUAGGCCGGAGUGCGUCCUGUGGCCCUUUGCCCUCUACCUCCAUUAGAGGAGGCUGGGGGGUUGAAGAACAAGGAAGCAGUUUCUACCGCGGUAAACAUGGAUGGUGCGUGGGCAAGAGCGUCGGUAGAUCUUCCGGCAGCGAGGAGGACAGCGCAGAGAAUUUAGGACCGCCCAGCCGAGACGCGGUUCGCCGGCGCUCGCUGCGUAAGAAGAAGAAGGUUUUACUGCCGUCGGGCCGAUGCAACAACGAUCGUGAUGGUGAGUCAGAAGACAGCGACAGCGAAACAGGCAUGACCAUGGAACAGUUAGAGCCUCACCACCAUCAGUCAGGAAGUCCUUUCCCGAGCCGGAAGAAAAAAGAACCCGUUGCAAGUAAUUCCCGAAGGCUGGCGCAGCGAUGGGAGUGCCUUUGCGCGCCAUCGAUGGCCACGCCGCUUCCUGGUGUGUCACGCGUGUCAAAGGUCAACAUUCCCUCCUUCACCAGUCCUGGUGGCUCCCAGAGCAGUAGCCGGUGCUCUAGUACAGAGACGCUCAAGGAGGAGAAGCAGGCCAGGCGUGGACACCGAGCACAAGUCCAUAACACCAUAAGCUCCAAUGUGUCCAUCUCGUCUAUGCAGAGUAAAACCUACCAUGGGAACUCUACCAUGUAUCGCUCCCCAAGCUUUGGACAUGGGGACAACUUCUCCCGUGCACCUGUGUGGGUACACCCCCAGGUUGUCCCGACAGUCACCCCCCCUUCCACCACACCACAAAGGGAAGGGCCCGUGCCAGAUACGGGUCAAGGGGCUGGGUCCACGGUAUUCAGAAGAACAUUCGCUGGGAGAGAAAUAACGGAGGACAAAACAAAGCAUAGAAUCUCAAUGUCCAACCCGGAUAUUGCCUCUGAUACGAUGACUCUCCUCAGCUUCCUGAAAACUGACCUAUCAGAUCUCAGGGUGCGUAAAGUUGGAGGAGAGAAGCCCAGUGGUGCUGAGGAGAGGUCAACGUUGUACAGACGGGGGUCACAUAGUCAUGGCAACCAGUCUGGGUGUCGCCCGACUCUAAAGGAUCUAACCGCCACCCUGCGGCGUGCUAAAUCCUUCUCCUACUCUGACAAAUCCACCUUGGGUGUGCCGUGUUUUUCCACAAGUGGCACCUCUAAGCGGAGCUCGUCAGAACAGCGACUUGACGUAGAGAGGGAUGAAGGCAGGCGGUCCAUUAGUGACCGGGAGGUAGAGAGUGAUGGGGGUGAUUUUAGGGUAGGAAGAGAAAGAAGAGCAAGGGAUUAUGGAUAUGAUGACAAUGACGAUGUAACGCCAACCCCGCUGCAGGACAGAUACAUACAAGAAGCCAGACAGGUUAUGCGAGAUAUCUGCCAAAUGAGUGCUAGAGAGGAUGAUGAUGACGACGACGACAAUGAAAAUGUUCAUGUCACUGACGAUGAAAGGGUAGAGGAUGAGAGCUCCUCUAUAACACCAACAGGGCAGGAGAAGGAGAGAGGGGGCAUGAACAUGGAGGAUGAGGUGAGGGACAGAGAAAAAAGUGAGAGAGACGGAGAAAAUGGGAGGAGCAAGAGGGACAGCGAAGCCCCACCAUUGGUGAAGGAGCGGGAGAGCUGGAACCGAGAAUGUAGCGAGGAGAGAAACCAGGAGAGCAGAGAACAGGAGAGAUCCAUGCAGAAAGGUGACUCUGAGGAGAGCAUGUUCCACGACCGCUCUGUAGAUGAACUGUCAGGUCAUGAGUCUAGUCUAACUGAUGAAGGAAUAGUGACGGAGCCAGAGACUGGUCUCGGGGAGAUCUCUGAGAGCUGUUUUGCAGGGCCAGCUGGGGUUAAUUUGGGGUCAAUGAUAGCUAGGGAUGUGCUGGGUAAGCCUGUCACCACAUGGAAGCAAUCAGUUCUACACCAAGGGGAUGUGUUGAAGAAGGAGAAGCAAGACACACCAGAGAACGUUGUGAGUAGUGCAACUCAACAGAUCCCAAUACCAGUAGCCUCUUGCGCACAACUUCAUGCCCUAAGGGCAGAGAGUGACAGCAUUAUAAUGGAUAUGAGCAGCCCAACGUCAGUAACAAAUAGCAAACCUUUUGAGGCGAUCAACACCAGCAACACUGAAAGCCAGGAAGCCUCAACUCCAGCGGGGAAAUGGGAAGGGGGUCUUGAUGCCCCUGCAACUCCUGGGGCUGUUAGGCGGCGCAGGAAGUUCUCCUCUACUGGUAAUAAUAACUCAGACUGUAGCAACGGCAGCAGUGGAGAGUCCACCUCAGUGUCAUCCGGGAAUGGAGAGGCUACCGUCUACCGUUCACUCAGUGACCCCACGCCCCAGAGGCGUUGCUUUGUGGCUGGAGAAGGAAACAGCAAUUUCUGCUCCAUGGACAGCAACCUUCUGGGGUCUCUGUCCGUCAAAGGGAUAGGAAGUGUGACCGAGUCCUGCCCUGCCACUGUGCUGUCUGAAAGUAAGGGCAGCGUGGCCAGCGAUCUGUCAGUGUGCAGCGACAGUGCUCUCUGCGACGACAGUGUCCGCGAUUACAGCGGGGUGAUUCGAAGCAUCGUGGCUGAACCGGGGGCGAUGGACAGACUCAUGGUGGACGACCAUGGCAACGGCAAAGCUCCCAAAAAGAAAUCGUUCAGCGACCCCAGUCGACGUAGCGACGCACAAUUGCUGUCUCCGAAUGACCCUCACUACAAAGGUCACUCUAAUAAAAAUGAGCCAAUCAGUGAGCUGGAGCAAGCUGGCCAGAUCCCACCAUCCAGCAGUGAGCCGAUUCUAAGUGGGCACAGGGAGAAGCUGUGGACCCCAGAAGGUGAGGCGAUCCAACCCUUACCCCCGCAGACCCAUCCCUUCAACCCUGGAAGCAGUAGUAACAAAGCCAGGAAGUCUCGCUCCAGUUCAGAAUGUGCUCUUGCCUCUGAGAACCACGGCGAUGAAGAUGUUAAUGGUAUAGAUGAAGGGAUGGGAGGGAGAGUGGAUGAGGGAAAGAAAUUUAACUUUGACCUCAAACCGGCUGAGGCUCUCUCUCCAAGAUUGGGUCAUCAGACGUCAAGAAAACACCACGGCUGGUCUGCAAGCGACGCUCAUUUAGAUCCUGGAGAACCAGAUGUAGAGUCCCAAGAAGAUCUGGAGGGCCAAGACGACCUCACUCCCCCACUCCCUCCCCUCGCCCAUUUGUCCAGACCCGAAACCAGAACCAGGCAUGUCCGCCACGCCAGCGAGCCAGCUACGUUCAUGCCCAUCUCUCCCCCUGCACACUCUAAGCUGCUGAAAGAGGCCAACCGCUCCAAGAUACCACCCACCGCAGAGCCCUCACUCCCGAGCAAACCCUCGGGGGAUGAGGCCCCUUCUCUCGAGGACGUGACCAAGAGGUAUAUACUAGCUCUGAGUUCCACCGAGAAGGAGGCAGAGUGCCCAGGCCCUCUUUCAGGGGCCAGGGAUGGAACUGAACGGUCCAUGUCUGUGCCAGAGGGGCCCAGUGAGACCCCCACUUGUGAAGUUAUGGACACUGGGGCGCAAAGAACUGCUACUGAGGACCCUGCAUCCCUGCCUCCCAUUCAGCGGACGAAGCCAAAAGUGGACAUGAGGCGGCAUGUGAUCAUGACCCUCCUGGAUACAGAGCAGUCAUACGUGGACGCACUGCGCACGCUCAUCCAGGGCUACAUGCGGCCCCUGAAGCAGCCGGACAGCAGCUGCAUCGUGGACCCCCUGCUGGUGGACGAGAUGUUCUACCAGAUCCCAGAGAUCCUGGAGCACCAUGAGACCUUCCUGGAACAGGUCACCAGCUGCGUCAGCCAAUGGCAUGACAGGCAGACCGUCGGCCACCUCCUCAUCCAAUCGUUCUCAAAAGAGACCCUAGCUAAUAUUUAUUCGGCGUACAUCGACAACUUCCUCAAUGCCAAAGACGCGGUGAGGAUUGCGAAGGAGGCCAAGCCAGCGUUCCUGAAGUUCCUAGAGCAAAGCAUGCGUGAGAACAGGGAGAAGCAGGCUCUUGGAGACCUGAUGAUCAAGCCUGUCCAGAGGAUUCCCCGCUAUGAACUGCUGGUGAAGGACCUGCUGAAGCACACCCCGGAGGAGCACCCGGACCACCCGUACCUGCUGGACGCCCAGCGGGGCAUCAAGCGGCUGGCGGAGAAGAUCAACAAGGGGCGGCGGUCGGCGGAGGAGGCAGAGCGGGAGACCCGGGUCAUGCAGGAGAUCGAGGCUCACAUCGAGGGGGUGGAGCAUAUUAUGAAUCCCCAGCGGAAGUUUCUGAGACAAGAGAUGGUCAUGGAGGGGAAGACCGUGGGCGGCAGGAAGGACCGCUCGCUCUUCCUCUUCACCGAUCUGCUGAUCUGCACCACUCUCAAGAGGAAGUCCGGCUCCCUGAGACGCAGUUCCAUGAGCCUGUAUUCUGCUGCUAGCUUGAUCGAUACCUCCAGUAAAUACAAGUUCCUUUGGAAACUCUCUCUGGAGGACAUAGAGAUGGUGAAAAACUCCUCCCAGGCAACAAACAAGGAGAAUAUCCAGAAGAUGAUUGGUCGAUUGGACGAGGAUCUGAAUACAUUGGGUCAGAUUAGCAAACUCUCUGAGACCCUCAGCUUCCCACACCAGUCGCUAGACGAGGUGAUCAAGGACCUGAUGGCCUCGGUGCACCGGGAGCUCUCGGACAAGCAGUCGCUGGCCUUCAGCAUGACCUUCCUGCCCACCAAGCUAGAGUUCGCCACCGCCUCGGCCGAGAGCAGCUUCCUCUUCGAGUUCAGCUCCCCCGAUGCCCGCUCCAACUUUGAGCAGGCCUUCGAGGACGCCAAGAAGAAGCUAGCCAUGAACAAAGACCAGUGGGACCCAGAGUUUCUGAAAGCCAUUCCAAUUAUGAAGACUCGCAGUGGAAUGCAGUUUUCAUGCGCCUCUCCCAGCCACAGUUGCCCAGACAGUGGUUGUGAGGUGUGGGUGUGUAACAGUGACGGAUACGUGGGACAGGUGUGUCUACUGAACAUCAAGGAUGAGCCCACCGUGGAGGCCUGCAUAGCUGUCUGUUCUGCCAGGAUCAUCUGUAUUGCUGCUGUACCGGGCCUGAAGGGCAGGGAUCGAGGAGUGGAGCCCGCUCAUGCCCCGCCCCCUGCAUCUUCUUGCCCCGCCCAUCCCCAACCCCAGCUGCACAUAUCCAUCUCUCAUUCGUCGCUGGAGCUCAGCAAUCAGCCUGCAGGCGCGGGGGCGGAGAUAGUGCCCUUUGACAGUGAUGACACGGAUGAUGAAGACUCUCCUAGUCCCUCCUCCACAUUACAGAGCCAAGCCAGCCGCUCCACCAUCUCAUCUAGCUAUGGCAACGAGGAGGGCCAGGGCCUCAAAGACAUGGCCACAGAGACCACCAGCAGUGAGGAGGAGCAGGAGUUCCCGGCCCCCAACCCCUACGGGACCGCGGGCGUUUCGGGGGGCGUGGGAGCGGGCCGCGUCCACCCGGAGAGCCCCAUGGACGGGCGCGCCAUGCGAAGGUCGUCCCGGGGCUCCUUCACCAGGGCCAGCCUGGAGGACCUGCUGAGCAUCGACCCGGAGGCCUACCAGAGCUCAGUGUGGCUGGGCACCGAGGACGGCUGCAUCCAUGUGUACCAGUCCUCUGAUAACAUACGCAACCGGAAGAACAGCAUGAAGAUCCAGCACUCUGCCUCCAUCCUCUGCAUACUAUAUUUGGAUAAUAAAGUGUUUGUAUCACUUGCCAACGGAGAUGUCAUUGUCUAUCAGAGAGAAGCUGGAAGCUUCUGGGAUGCCCAGUCCUCCCAGACGCUGGGGUUGGGGACGGCCAGCAGCCCCAUCACCAAGAUGGUGCCGGUGGGCGGCAAGCUGUGGUGCGGCUCCCAGAACAGAGUGCUGGUCAUCAACACCAGCACACUGGUGCAGGAGCACUGGUUCCAGGUUGGCACGGACAGCAGCCGCUGCGUGACGUGCAUGGUGGCGUACGGCCAGGGGGUUUGGCUGGCCCUUCAGGGCAGCGCCCUGGUCAGGCUGUACCACGCCCAGACCUGGGAGAGCCUAACGGAGGUGGACGUGGCCCCGGCCGUGCACAAGAUGCUGGCAGGUGCGGAUGCGAUAAUCCGACAGCACAAGGCAGCCUGCCUAAGAAUCACAGCUCUGCUGGCAUGUAAAGACCUGCUUUGGAUCGGCACCAGUGCAGGUGUGGUCCUCACCCUGGCCAUCCCAGUGGUGAGCUCUGGGACUGGGGCAGCCACGCUCAAGUCUCCCCUGGUGCCCAUGGGGUCUGCUCACGGGCACACAGGCCACGUCCGCUUCCUGACCUCCAUCGAGUUCCCGGAAGGCUUUGACGUGAACUUCCCCAAGACGUCAAAUGAAUUUGCAGGUAACCAAUCACAAGGCAGCAGUGCAGACAACGGAGGACACGGCAGUCUCCAGAGGAGGGACUCAACACACCACGUCAUUCCCAAGACCAAUCAUCUUGUGAUCUCCGGGGGUGACGGCUACGAGGACUUCCGGCUGACCAAUAGCAGCGAGACAGUGGGGCGGGACGACAGCACCAACCAUCUGCUGCUGUGGAGGGUCUAGGGUCUAGGACCAAUGAACCCUUGUCAACAGGAUGCUGUUGACCCCUCAAGCUCGGCAUUUGUUUUAGAAAUGCACACAACACUGCCCUUUGCCUUGUGUGACCCCCCUACACCUGAAUAUUUAUAUUUAUUGUGUCUUGUGUUUGGUGCGGUCAGUCUUUAUGUGCAUAGUGGCCGUGGACAGUCUCCUGAACAGACUCCCUCUGGGGAACAGGUGUCUUCUUUUCAAUGUUGUGUGCAUCAUUCCUCCUGUGCAUGGUUAUCCCAUGCGUGUGUGUGUGUCCUCUUACUAAUACUGUCCAGUCACUGAACAAACUCACAUCCCAAAUCAAAGAGAGAGGAAAACAAAGAGGAAUUUGUGACCGUCCUUCAGUAUUGAAGAUAGAAAGACAGUGGAUUGGAUGGAAAGAUGGAAAUAGAGUGGGAGGCAUUAACUCUGUUGGUCGAGUGUCACACACAAGUCAACUCCUGAAGGAACAUGGGUGAAGCAUAUGCUGCUAGGUCUAAUUCCACUCUAUCGUCCCUCUAGCUUUGUAAAAGCAUGAGACCGGGAAACAGGAACAAGGAACCAUGGUACACCGCCUCCACACCAAAUGCACUCCUACCUAUAAGGUGGUUCUUUUGAUUGGAAAGGGUGUACAACAUGACCUCUUUGGUCGAUUUCACUUUAUCGCUUACUGACGUAUUUUGCGGCUGCAGCCCACGGCUAAGAAAAGUGCUUAACAUCUACAAGACUUCAGUCCAAGACCAAAAUAAACAAAAAGGAGAUGCUAGAGUCCUGUCAAAUCAGCUACUCGACUUCCCAAAAUACCGGAGAUCAGUUAUUCCUGGGAUCCACUGGUGUGGAGCUUGAAGACAGCAGCCAAUCCUCAGGCUGUUCUAAUGGAUGGUGAGAAACACCAUCAACACAACUCUUUGUCAAUUGCCUAGAAAGGUAGCAUAGAGAAGAGUGCAAUAUAUGGUAUGGCAAUUUGACAAGGAUGUACACACAUGCAUAAUUUUACAAACUUACGCACACAAGAUUUGUACAUAUCUACAAUUAGAAACAUGACUUAUUUUUUUGUUUUGAUUUACAAAUAAUCACAAUGCGUCAGUUUAUUUCCUGUAUACUACAUUGGGGGAAAACCAUACAAUCAAAUGGACCAUCACUGUAACCGGUACAAAUUAUAUACAACUGAAAUGGCUACAAAUACAAGUAUGUAUUUGUAUUGUAUGCUGUUAACUGCCAUUGUAUUUAAGCCCAUUGGUAGAGCAUUCCUUCAGGAUGUCAGUUGGAAUAUUAUUUCUCAGUCCCCAACUCUCUGGAGUGGAAGAUAUUCAUGUACAGUAUUUAUGCUUUAUUAUUUUUUUCAAGCGCCUUUUUUGACCACUGAGUUUAUGGAAGUACGUAGCUUUCACACAUUCUGUGGCAAAACCCUGUAACCGGUUUAAUGCUGAUUUAUUUUCUUCCUCUUACACAAAAACAAGUGAUAACUGAACAAAGACACACACGCACUAUGAUAAAAAAGAAUGAUUGUGGAUGAAACGAAAACAUGCAUGCGUGUCCGUUCUUGCCGCAGAUUUAGAUGAGGUCAGAAGAACAAAUUGAUGUGCGGCCUUAAGGCUAGAACAUAAUCCACUGCACGCAGACACCUACGCAAAUCCCCAUUCCCCCAAGUUCCAAAGCAGGUGUUUCUGAAGUAAAGUUGACUAGCUAACACACUGACACUCAUACCAACACACAUUCCCUGCGUUUUAAGGGUUAAGUGGUGGUUUAACUUGAUCCCUGAAAAGCCUUUGGAGACUUCCCGCUCUUUUCCACCAUCCAUCUGGGCUCUUUCUACUCCUUUAAACUUACUCCAUCCUCAGUGUGUUAGCAUUGGGCUAGCUCCCCCAGUGGUUUCUAAUGUGAGGGGCUAAUUGGAUUAGCUGUGUUGAUAGCUGUCUGCUGGGUAACUAGGUACUGGAGUCUCUGCUUGUGUAAAAUAUAUGUGACGUCUGGUAAAUGACACGGCCGCCUUCUGAACCUACGAAUGUUUUGUUGUGAAUGUAGGCAGGUGAGGAAUUGUUUUAUGACCUUCUGCAAAUAAAAAGGCUAAACACUACCAAACUAUGAAACGAUACAGAGGAAACGAAAAAAAAAACUUUUCCCAAACCAAUAAUGUAUGGUAAUAAUGUUAUAUGGUUGAUUGUAUGUUUCCAGUGCCAAGUGCUGUCUCCCUCACCCCACCCUGCAUGUUUUUGCAAUUGUAGUCACAUCUGCUUUGGAAGCCAAUUAUCUAUAAAUGUGUGUCACAGUGUUAAGAGAGUAAUACGUCUAGUUUUUUUAAGAGCAGUGUGUUAUCUGAGUGUGCGUGUAUGUGCCAUCACCGCCAAUAGAGAGUUUGGCAUUGUUGUCUACAAAGUGGGGCAGGCAGGCCCUAAAUCUCUCAAAUUGUACUUUUAGCUUUAUGUGAACUAAAUGUCUGAGGCUAAAUAAAAUCAAUUUCACACCAGUACAGUCACUUUCACCCUUGGUUCAAGUGCGUGAUUUUCUCCAAUUUAGAAUUCAACGAACAAUAUAUAAAUAGAUGGAACUUUUUUUGACAAGGAAAAAUGUAGAUCCUAUAACACAGUCACAUUCUAGAUAUAAAACACAAAUACAACAAUCGACCAACACCGCUAAAAGGAGACAGUAUUAGAAGUGUGGCAAUGCUCGCCAGCCAACAUAUUUAUAUUUGGUCCUCUUUACUCACCUUGAAGCUCUUGCAGUAAGUUAUAAGUGACAUAUUUCUGCCUGUAUUUGAACCUUUGGGGUUUUGAUUGAUGUAAAUAAUUGAUAUAUAUUGCCCUUUUCUGUAAAUAGUACACCCACGUUCCUCAAUUGUUGAUAUGACUAAUGGCAUAUUUAUAUACAUGUGUAGCCUAUGUAAUCCCCCUCUUGUUUGUCACUUAAAAUGAUAUCUGAAGGAUGAGAAUGAUAGACACUAUGGUCAUCAGAUUGAUACAAAUGGCGAAUAGACCCCAAACUGUUCAAAGAUCACAAAUUCAUGCUUUUCCUUUUUUUUUGCCAGGGCUGGGUCAUAAACUAGCACAUAUUCUAGCAAAGGGAUAUUAUGAUUACACCUGUAAUACAACUUAUACAAAAGCUUUAUCACUUGAUCCUUUCUCAUUUGUAAUCAUUGUACCUUGUCAGAGUUACAUAAGAGUUGCUGUUUCUGCUUUGUAGCUGUGGCAUCCUCUUUGUAAGUAAAACAGUUCACCGGUGAUAUUUUAUAUGUGGCUGAUAUUUCUUCAUACAACAAAUACACAUGGAAUAUUUUUUUUGCCAGGCAGCAUUAACAUUCAGAUUUGUAGUUGAGUGGGUAUCCCUGACAUUUUGGUUUUAACUCGAUGUUAAUGUAUGCUUAAGCGUUAAGCCCACUAACCAACAAUGAAGUGUAUUGUGAUAUGAUAAGUCCACUCAACAGGCGCCAUCCUCUCUCCCUAUCUGCGUGCACACGCACACAACACACGCGCGCGAACAGAGAACCUCUGUCGGUGGUUGUGAAUGCACGCUCACAUCCAUGCAAGCGCACUAGUGCAGCUCUAGUGGCGAAUGAGUAAAGACGCACAGUCGAUAAAGAAGAGCAGCACAGGCACCCCAUUGUGUCACCACGGUAUGCGGGCUUCAUACUGUGUCAUCUAUUAGCAUCCCAAGUUCCAACUCACUAGCUACGAUCCGAAUAUAUUUAAUUUGUUGUUCAAUAAGGGCCUAUUUUGCCUCAACAUUAUGA